UCCCUCUAAUGGGAAAAGAUCGAGUGCACCUCUCACACACCCUAUCAUACGAUAUGAAUCUGUACUCUUUGAAAAUUGUUUUGCGUUCACCGGCGUCGGAAAGAUUAUCCGGUUAGGGUUCCGGCCAUCGCUGAGUGUACAGGAUCGUAAAAUCUUCCAGAAGCUUCUAUGCUAUUAGUUCGUAUUAUUACCAUUCGCCAAGGAGUUGUUAGGCACCGUUUUCAUCACUUGGAGUCAGCAACGAAUUUUCGGUGGAUUUUUCGGGAUUAUUUUUCACCAGCAAAAAUUGAAACAAAUGUCUUUGCAAAACAAGGGAUUUUGGGUGGUAAAGGGUUCUGGACACAUUAAUGACAGAGAAACAGUAUUUGAUAAUCCUUCCAAAAUUGAACCAAAACGACCUCAUCAAUGGUUUGUUGAUGCCGCUGAAGUAGAUUUUUUUCCAAGCAAGAAACAAGCUGUAGAAGAUGCAAAUGAAAAAUCUAGUCCUGGAUUUUCAAAUGUAAAUUUUCCUCCCUGGGAGAAUCCCAAUUUUCAUCCAGUCCCAAACCAAUUUAUUGGCCGGUUAUUUGGGUCUGAAACCAGGCCUGUCAAUUUCCCCGAAAAAAAUACUUAUGUUCUGGCUGAUGAUUCUAAUGCAAGAUUAAAGAUGAUCACCAACCAAUAUGGAGAUGAUGCAUCUUUUGGCUUGUCUAUAUCUCAUUCUAUUGAAGAUUCUGAAGCAUGCGUAAAUUUUGGUAGAAUAAAAAAAGACAAAGUAAAUCAGGUUAAGGAAGAUGAUGUACAGGCUACUGAGGGACAUAAUUUUAGUAAGCAGAGUAAAGGUGAUCUACAUCAGGCCUAUAACAGGGAAGUUGAGACAAGGUCUGCAUCAAUAGGGCAAGCGUUUGACAAGGAUGGUAAUGCCACUUUUAUGGGACUCACCUACAGCAGUGGGGAUACACAUGUUAGACCAUUUAGUGCCCCCUUUAUCAAAGAUGACUCAAUCGUUUCGAUUAGUGAAUCCUAUAAUAAAGAGGACACUAGUAUAAUUUCUUUUGGUGGGUUCCCAGAUGAACGGGAUAUUAUCUCUGUGGGUAGGCCUGCUGCAGAGUAUGAUCAAUUAUAUAAUCAAUCUUCAAUUCAUGUGUCAACAACAACCCAUGAGAAAGAGUUGGAUGGGUCGAGUUCUGAUGCAGUUCCAAGUACUCUUCAGGCAGCAAAAGUAAAGUCUGAAACUGUGUCCAAGAAUAAACAAGAGGUCAAAACAGGAAGGAAAGAAGCUCCAAACAGCUUCCCUUCUAAUGUCAGGAGCUUGAUAUCUACUGGUAUGCUUGAUGGUGUUCCUGUAAAGUAUAUCUCAGUGGCACGUGAGGAACUUCGUGGAAUUAUUAAAGGCUCUGGCUAUCUUUGUGGGUGUCAGUCAUGCAACUAUACCAAGGUUCUGAAUGCUUACGAGUUCGAGAGACAUGCUGGCUGUAAAACAAAACAUCCGAACAAUCACAUCUAUUUUGAGAAUGGGAAAACCAUUUAUCAAAUAGUACAGGAAUUGAGGAGUACCCCCGAAAGUUUGUUGUUUGAUACAAUUCAAACAGUUUUUGGUUCACCAAUUAAUCAGAAAGCGUUUCGCAAUUGGAAAGAAUCAUUUCAAGCAGCAACACGAGAGCUUCAACGCAUUUAUGGAAAGGAAGAACUUAACCUAUAAGUCCCAUCCCUUUGUGAAAAUGUAACUUAGAAUAUAUUCUAGUGUGCAUAGUAAGAUAUGUCAGUUUAAUAUUUUUCUUUUUCCUGUCUUUUUAUGGCUCCGCAACCUUCAUGAAUGUGCACCUUUCGGGGCCUUGCUUAAAAUAUUGGUAACUUUAUAAGUUGGCUCAUGUACAAAUCAGUGGUAUUAGGUGCUUUGGUCGACAGAAUUGACUAAACAUUAUCAAGAAGGCUAAUUUUGUUA